AUGGCGAAGCUAGUCUCCAGCAUCUUCAUUCCCCUCGCCACUGUCUUUGCGUUCUUCUUCUCGUCCUCCCUCGCCGCGGUCGAAACGAAACGUUUCUCUAGCAACCUCUCUCCGGCGUCCUUAGGCCUCCGAGAGGAGAAGCUGAGCCAUCUUCACUUCUACUUUCACGACAUCCUCAGCGGCCCAAAGCCCACCGCCGUGAGAGUGGCAGAGGCUCCGGUGACCAACACUUCCUCGACGGCGUUCGGAGCAGUUGUGAUGAUCGAUGACCUGUUGACCUUAGGACCCGAUCCCGAUUCGAAACCCGUGGGACGAGCCCAAGGCAUUUACGCCUCGGCGUCACAAGGCGAGGCGGGCUUGUUAAUGGCCAUGAACUUUGCAUUCACGGAAGGAAAAUAUAACGGGAGCACUCUAAGCGUCUUGGGUCGGAACAAGGUGUUUGACGCCGUGAGGGAGAUAGCGAUCAUCGGAGGGAGCGGCGCUUUCCGAUUCGCACGUGGUUAUGCUCAGGCUAAGACUCACACGUUAGAUCUCAAAACAGGGAAUGCCAUCGUGGAAUACAGCGCCUACGUAUUCCAUUAUUGA